CUCAGGGGGUCCUGUUAGGUACCAUUCCACGUAUCCCCAGUUGUCCUUUGCUGGGAGAAUCCUGUGUAAGGCUGCUGCAGCCAGGAAAAGGUUAACUCCUGCAUUACAACCUCCCCUGCCUGCCUCCUGCACUGCCUCCAUCUCUCCUCCUCAGCGUAUGCUCCUCACACAGAAUGGAUCAGCAUCAGCAUCAGGACACCAACCUGGGACCAGGGGCAGCGACAAGGUGAGGUGAUAGAAAUACCGAAAUUAUUUUGAAAACAGCUCCUAAUCUUCGCUACCUUUGCAGAAUUGAUCGUUUAUCUCAAUAAACAUUGAAAAGACAGCAACCAAAUGAAAUGUUAUCUGUCACCAGAAGAAUCGAACCUCUAACUCCUUAUUGAUAACUCCAAGCCAGACAGACAGACUCCACAGUGCUGAAAGCUGUCUCCACAUAAACAUGACAAAGAUUUCUAACCCAUUUUUAGCCCAGUCAAUGUAAAAUGAAUCAAGGCUCAGUACAAAUUUCCUGGAUCCAGGAGCUGACAAUCUAAAGUUCUGAGACAUCAGCAAGUAAGGGCGUUUGAGGAAACCAAGCACAGAGUCCGAGGACAAUAGCACAGAGAUUAGUCUGGAGAAGAAUGGCUGCUUCGAGAAUCCCCCUGCUGUGACCCUGCUAUAGCAGAAUGAUGGAAUGCCUACAGGAGUUACAGCACCCUCUGCUGGAGAGGUCAUUGGGAGGGGGUAUGAUGACACCUCUUCUCCCUAAAGAGGAUGAUGGAGGGGGUCUGAUUUGGAAAUGUCUCCCCCACCGUGCCCAACCUGGGGCAGAUAUCACCCACCAGUUUCUGGAUCCGGGGAGUUUGCGCAGGACUGCAGACCCCGGGGUUGGUAGAGUGACUGAACUGGCUUUCUGGAGGUCCACUGACCCCCGGAUGUGGAGGGGCAAAGAAUAUAUAGAGACAACAUUUGUAGACCCUCAGGACAGCCCAGAGAUCUGCAGAAAACUGAUCUACUCUCCAGAGAAAGACAUCCACACAGUAUCAUGCGCAGUACGAGAGGAAGACGUUCUCGACAUAGAGAACGACUCGUCUAGUGAAAGUGACACGGACAGUGAAAGUCACUUCUCGCUGUUGCUGCCGCAGGACUAUCUAGGUCUGGCCGUGUUCUCUAUGCUGUGCUGUUUCUGGCCCAUGGGCAUUGCAGCAUUCAUUCUGUCCCAGAAGACAAAUAAAGCGUCGGCUCAAGGUGACUACCACGGGGCAAGUGUGGCUUCCAGACAAACCUUUCUGCUAGCCGUACUCUCCAUCUUCCUGGGAAUCUGUACCUACGUUGGGGCUGUGGUGGCACUCAUUUCUUACCUGUCUAACAAAUCCUCCACCUAGUAGUGUUUACUAUGAAACGACCCAACGCGUUUCGCCCCCGUCUGACUGACACUUUAGGGGGAAAAAUCGUAAUUAAUGCAAUACUCACCUACAUGGUGUCCAAAGAACUCUAUUUCUUUUCCAUGUAUGAUCAUUUUUAUUGUACCAGCAAACACGGACAUGUGCACACAGCGAGGCAUGCCUUUCAAACUUGCAGAAUGCAGAUUGGAUCACCUGCUUUUGUAACACAUUUGGUCAUGUCAAGUGCAGUCCCUGUGGCCAUGUGUGGCUACCAGGCCUCUAUAUGUGGCCACCAUGAGUCGCCCUGGCCAGUAAACUUAUACUCUCGUGCUAUGACCACGUCAGCUGCGACCACGGAUCACAUCACCUUGUAUUACCACACAAGAAGCGCCAGUCUGUGUGUGAUCCGACUGGGAUCGCCCUAAUGUCCACGCUUUAUUUUGGCUUUUAUCUCAUUCAAUUCUUUCGUGGAAUGGCGCAAAGUAUGAUUGA